CGGGUAAAUAAAGGUCAGUGAAGCGUGCGAAACUUUGUUCAAGUCCAUUGAUUACAGAUCCAGGAGUUCUUGUCAGAGGCACAAGUUUGGGAAUUUACAAAGUACAUUGUGAUUAUUAUUCUGAAAUUCUCUGACCAAAGAUGUCGAGCGGACAGAAAUACGAAGUAGAUCCUCAGAAUGCUGGAUAUGUACAAAAGGAUCAACCACAGAACCCAUACAACGCCGGGUACAACCAACCCCCUCCCGCGUACGGACAACAGCAGGCGGCGGGUUAUGGUUUUCCUAUGACGAGUUCCUCUACAAAUGUCGUUGUCAACAAUACGGCUGCACCCAUCGUGGUUGCUGCACCAAGAGGAUAUGACUGGCUGGUUCCCGCCAUUUUUUCCUGUCUCUGCUGCUUCUGGCCUACUGGGAUCUGCGCCAUUAUCGCAGCCGUCAAUGCAAGGGCCCGGUUCGAUGUUGGUGACUACGAGGGAGGGCGAUCCAGUGCUGGUGUGGCCAAAUGGUUGACCUUGACCUCGCUUGGAUUAGGCGUCGUCGCUGUUGUCGUCGUUAUUGUCCUCUAUGCCGUUGUGUUGAAACAAACCGAAAAUGAAUUAAACGAUUUCGGCUUUACAACACAAAACCCGUGGUACGGGAAGUAACAACAAACAACGAAAUCGUUUCCAGUGGAAUUCCUCUUGAUUGUUUUAUAUUGAGUGAUUAUUCGGAUAUGUCAAAUAAGUAGUUCUGAACUGAGUUUAUGCACUGUAAUUCAUUGUUUCCAAAACAUGAUGAGGUAAUAUCAUUCAUAGACACAUCAGCAUCAGUAUAUUUCGUUUUUUUCGUACAUGUAUCGAUGUUAGUUUGCUUUUUGUAUUUAGCCAGUGAUGUAUUUGUUUUCAUCUUCUCUGAGAAACAUAUUGUAUCCUGAACACUAUAUAUAUAUAAAUAUAUAUAUUUUUUUCUGAAUUUAAAAUUCAUCGUAAUGAAGUCCGAGCCACUAAUAUCUUUUGACUUUUGUUCAUUGCUCUAAUAUUUGUAUCAAUAAAGGUUAAAUUCACCCA